AUGCGCGAGAUUGUUUUGCGCGAUGCGCGCUACACUGAGCUGGUCGAGAUCGCUCAUGUCAUGGCUACAGCAUUUUGGGAAGACAAUCUGUUUGGCGAGCUCAUCCACCCCCAUCGCGACAAACACCCACAUGAUGUAGAUCUUUACUGGCUGAGGCGAGCACGCGUGAACUUCUGGGACUUUCGCUGGAAGUGGCUGGUUGCAACGACCAAAGACGUCAACGGAAAAGAGGUUAUCGCUGGCAUCGCACAGUGGGCCAGACUAGGAGACGGCGGCCAGAAGAUGGAUUGCUGGUACUUGGAUCCCCGCAAUGCCCUCAGACCCUUGUCGUCUUUCGCGAUGAAGGCUCAUGCUUGGUUAUGGCCGAGCCGUGCCGUCGAUGUCAAGGAAGAAGACAUCAUCGAGCGGGCGUACCCUUUUUUUGAUGAUAUCUGGACGGGCAAGCGCGCCGAGUCGUGGUAUCUUGAAGCACUGGCGGUAAGGCCCGACUUCCAAGGCCAAGGCGUCGGCUACAAGCUGGUGCAAUGGGGUCUUCAACGAGCUCGGGAAGAAGGCAUCUGCGCGUCAGUUGUGAGCGCCAAGGGGAAGGACGGGUUCUACACCAAGUGUGGCUUCGAUGAACAGUACGGCUCAGCCCGGCAGGGCGAAGGAAAUCCUUUGGCUGAAGUAGAGGGCGCAAAUAUGUUCUGGAAGUGGCCAUGA